AGAGGCCAAGCAAGAAUUAAUAACCUACCCUCAGCCUCAGAAAAUAUCCAUACUGGCACCAUCAGAAAAACAACCCAACCAGCCCCCAAGGCCAGGUGAUAAGGAACCUGAGCCCAGGAAGCGUGAAGAAGGACAAGAACCACGCUUGGGACAUCAAAAGAGAGAAUCAGAAAGGUACCUGCCUUCUUCUCGAAGGGAAGGACUCACUUUUCGAAGAGAUCGAGAGAAGGAGCCAUGGUCUGGAGAGACACGCCAAGAUGGGGAGAGCAAAACAAUCAUGCUGAAACGCAUCUAUCGUUCCACUCCCCCUGAGGUGAUCGUGGAAGUGCUGGAGCCCUAUGUCCACCUUACUACUGCCAACGUCCGUAUCAUCAAGAACAGAACUGGCCCUAUGGGCCACACCUAUGGCUUUAUUGACCUCGACUCCCAUGCAGAAGCUCUUCGUGUAGUGAAGAUCUUGCAGAACCUUGAUCCACCAUUUAGCAUUGAGGGGAAGAUGGUAGCUGUAAACCUGGCCACUGGAAAACGAAGAAAUGAUUCUGGGGACCACUCUGACCAUAUGCAUUACUAUCAGGGUAAAAAAUAUUUCCGAGAUAGGAGGGGAGGUAGCAGAAAUUCCGACUGGUCUUCAGAUACAAAUCGACAAGGACAACAGUCAUCAUCUGACUGCUACAUAUAUGAUUCCGCUACUGGCUACUAUUAUGACCCCUUGGCGGGAACUUAUUAUGACCCCAAUACCCAGCAAGAAGUCUAUGUGCCCCAGGACCCUGGGUCACCUAAGGAAGAAGAGAGCAAGGAAAAGAAACCCACCAGUCAAGGAAAGUCAAGUAGCAAGAAGGAACUAUCUAAAAAAGAUGGCAAGGAGAAAAAAGACAGAGUAACAAGGUUUCAGGAAAGUGCCAGUGAGGGGAAGUCUUCCCCAGAAGAUGUCUUCAAGAAGCCCCUGCCUCCCACUGUGAAGAAGGAAGAGAGUCCCCCUCCACCUAAGGUGGUAAACCCGCUGAUUGGCCUCCUGGGUGAAUAUGGAGGAGACAGUGACUAUGAGGAGGAAGAUGAGGAGGAACAGACUCCUCCCCAGCAGCCCCGCACGGUGCAGCCCCAACAGCGGGAGGAGCUGAUCAAGAAGGAGAAUGAAGACGACAAACUCACUGACUGGAAUAAACUGGCUUGCCUGCUCUGCAGAAGGCAGUUUCCCAAUAAAGAAGUUCUGAUCAAACACCAGCAGCUGUCAGACCUGCACAAGCAAAACCUGGAAAUCCACCGGAAGAUAAAACAGUCUGAACAGGAGCUAGCCUAUCUGGAAAGGAGAGAACGGGAGGGAAGGUUUAAAGAAAGAGGAAAUGACCGCAGGGGAAAGCCCCAAUCUUUUGACUCUCCAGAAAGAAAACGGAUUAAAUACUCCAGGGAAACUGACAGUGAUCAUAAACCUAUUGACAAAGAAGAUAUUGACACUGGCAGCAAAGGAUGGUGUGUCCAACAGGCCACUGGCUGGAGGAAAGGAGCAGGUGUGGGAUAUGGCCAUCCUGGAUUGGCUUCAUCGGAGGAGACUGAAGGCCGUAUGAGGGGCCUGAACACUGGGGCCCCAGGAAGAACCAGCAAGAGACAGUCCAACGAGACUUACCGAGACGCUGUUAGAAGAGUCAUGUUUGCUCGGUAUAAAGAACUUGAUUAAGAAUGGAGACAAGUCCCACAGGACACAACCUCCUUCAUGUUUUGUUUGUCCAUCUCUCCUUUUGUUUUGUUACUGUUCUUGCUGCUAGAACUUUUUUAAAUAAACUUUUUUCAAUGUGA